AGCGCCGUGUGUUUUUGCGACAGCCGUAUUCCGGUGCGGAGGAAACACAAUGGCGUCCGGCAGCGGGUCCAAAGGAAACGACUUCAGGAAAAAAUGGGACAAAGACGAGUACGAAAACCUGGCCCAAAAGCGGCUGAACGAAGAGCGGGAGCGCGAGAGGAACCGAGAUGCCAAAGCGCUCGCUCCUCCCGUCAAACGAGACCUCCUCAAACACAGAGACUACAAAGUGGAUCUGGAGUCCAAACUCGGCAAAACCAUCGUCAUCACCAAAACCACGCCGCAGGCCGAGAUGGGCGGGUAUUAUUGUAACGUGUGCGACUGCGUGGUGAAGGACUCCAUAAACUUCCUGGAUCACAUCAAUGGAAAGAAACACCAGAGGAACCUGGGCAUGUCGAUGCGCGUCGAGCGAUCGUCUCUGGACCAGGUCAAGAAGCGAUUUGAGGCCAAUAAAAAGAAAAUGGAGGAGAAGCAGAAAGAGUACGACUUUGAAGAGCGGAUGAAGGAGCUGCGAGAAGAGGAGGAGAAGGCCAAAGCGUACAAGAAGGAGAAGCUGAAGGAGCGGAAACGGCGCGCGGAGGAGGAGCUGGACCUGGAGGAGGACGACGAAAUGGCCGCCGUCAUGGGCUUCUCCGGGUUCGGCUCGUCCAAGAAGAGCCACUGAUGCCCCGGAUGCCCUCCCACAGC